AUGAGCCAGCCUGCCGGUCCAGCUCCAAGCGAGACGACGCCCCUCGUGCAGCCACGCGGCGAUACCCCGACACACCAGCCGGUCUACCAUCGGACGAAUAAUGAACCCUCACAAUUCCUAGGCGGCCUAUCAACGACGCGGUUCUGGGUCAUAUUCGCCCAGAUACUGACGACGCAGUUCCUCUACUUCUUCGACACCACCAUCAUGGUGUCCUCGCACCCCGUGAUAACAUCCCAUUUUGGCGCAGCCCACCUGGCGUCGUGGCUCUCGACGGCAUUUAUGCUCAUGUCGACUGUCUCGCAGCCCUUCCUCGGCCGCCUCUCCGACGCAUUCGGCAGGAAGCCGCUCUUUCUCGGGGCGCUGGCCACCUUUUCCGCGGCGACGCUGUGGUGCGCGCUGGCAGGCAGCAUAGAGAGCCUCAUUGCCGCGAGGGCGUUGUGCGGGGUGGGUGCUGGAGGUACCAUGCUAAUGGGAAGCAUCAUCAUGAGCGACAUGAUCCCCAUCGAGUCCCGAAGCACCUACCUAUCGUACAUCAACAUUGUAGUUGGCCUCGGCUCUGGGUUGGGGGCUACGUUUGGUGGCACCAUUGCCGAGACCAUAGGCUGGAGAUGGGCAUUUGGCACGCAGGUUCCCCCUCUCCUGGCAUGCUUGGUAGUUUCGUCAAUGACGAUUCCAGAAGGCUUGGGCGUUGUGGGGGUGAGAGAAUCGCUUGGCCUGGUAAUCAGAGGGUUUGACGCGAUGGGUGCCUUGCUGCUUACCCUGGCUGUAUCAAUGCUCAUUCUUGGUUUGAAUCUCGGUGGCAAUAUCCUUCCUUGGACUCAUCCAUUUGUCGUUGCUGCCUUGAUGCUAUUUACAAUGGCCUUCCCGGCUUUUCUGCUGAUUGAGUCGCGCGCGGCAAAGCCCAUCAUGCCGCUCAAGUUUGUUACCGUUAGGCCCCACGCUAACCUGAUCCUCUCCAAUUUUUUGGGCGCCGUCAUCUCGAAUGCCAUUCUCUUCAACGCACCGCUAUAUUUUCAAGCCGUACUUUUAGUGCUUUGA